UGAGAGAGUGAAGAAAGAAUAGAAUUUGGCAAUUGGCAUGUCGGAGCUUGACGGUAUAGAGCUCUCCCUGGACGAUUUCAACUCUUCACUCCCCUUGAAGAAGGUCCCUUACGGCGACGUUUUCGAGGCCUCCCGCGCCGGCGACGUCGACCGCCUUCGUUACUUAUUGGACUCCGGUGUCAACGUCAACGCCCGUGACCAAUGGGACUCCGUCGCACUCUACUACGCCUGCCUCGCCGGCCAUCUCGACGCCGCCCGUAUGCUUCUCGAGUCCGGCGCCAUCUGCUCUGAGCACACCUUCGACGGCGACCGCUGCCACUACGCCGCCCUCAAUCUCAAGGUCCGUAAAUUGCUCAAGUCCUUCGAGGCCCGACCUCCCCCUCUCCAACCCUUGCAGGCUUCUCUCAGAGACACUUUCUUCGCCUGCAAUUGCAAAUCCAACCACCCCCAAUUCUACGCCAACAAUCAUCAUCAUCUAAUUAAUCCUCUUUCGCAAGGCGUAGGUAAUACAUCAUCAAAUGGUGGAGAAUCCAGUUCGAGCUACUCUCCCCCUGAUAUUGUAUUUUAUGUGCACGGAAGACCCCUCGAAGCUCACAGACUCAUCUUGGCUGCCCGAUCCCCAUUCUUCAAGCAAAAAUUCGAGACUGAUUGGAGAGAGAGGAAGGAAGUGCGAUUCUCGCGCGAAAGGCUUUCUUAUCCUUCACUCUUUAGCCUUUUCCACUUCUUUUAUUCCGAUAGGCUUGAGGUCGCCGUUGAAGACAUGGAAGAUCUCGCUAGAAUUUGCCGUGUUUGCAAGUGCCAUUCUCUCCAAAUUCUUGUUGAGAAAGAAAUAGUUCAUCAACGACACGCAGAGUACAAAUCCCUUAGAGAUAUAGAAAACUCUCAGAAGAGGUUCAUCUUGCAGGGAAUCUCCCUUCCUGAAGAAGAUCGUCUCCCUGCUGCAUUGAGUCGAUCCCUCCAAAUCUCUCUUUCCAAUUCCUCCAGAGGAAAUAAUCUAGAUAUUGUAUCUCUUGUUGGUUCACUCCAAGUCCAAACGAGUGAUUUGGAAGAUGAUCUAGCUGAUGUUUGUGUGAGGGUCGAGGAUAAAAUAUUUCGAUGCCAUCAAGUUAUCUUAGCAUCAAGAUCUGAAUAUUUCAGGGCAAGAUUGUCCCGAAUGAAAGAUUUUCUUCAAGGAAGAGAAGACUCCUUAUUACCUGACCCUACUCUUCCAUGUCUUGAAGAACAUGACCUGAGCAAAGAGGCUUUUCAGAAAAUGAUUGAAUACAUGUAUACUGAUGGUCUGACUGACAUAGACCCUGAUCAGGCUGAAGAAAUGUUUGAUGCUGCUUCAAGAUAUCUAUUAUUUCCUCUUAAACGUGCAGUAGCUGAUGCUCUUCUACCCCAACUAGAAAUGGUUUCUCUUGCAGAAUUAUGUCAUUGGUUGCUAUUAUCUGACAUGUAUGGGGUCUCCAAGAUUCGCGAAUAUUGUCUAGAUGCAAUGGCGUGCAACUUUGAGACUUUUGCUGAAACACCGCAGUUUCGGGCAAUGCUUUUGGCUUUGCCACCUCCUUCUGGAGAUUCUUCGCUUCGAACAACGGCCCCAAGUGCUCCUGGAGCUGAGGCAAAUACAACUGAAGGAAAUGUCCUCGAUGAUUUGAGAGAGAAAUGGCUUGAGGCUGAAGGUGAUGAACUUGACAAGAGGGACGAAAGUGCACUGCUUUUUGACAAGCGACUUGAGAUGCUCAUGCUUAUGGCUGAGCAGGAGAAAAUCUCUUGAAUCUUCUUCUGGAAGGAUCUACUCAUACUUUUCUUUUCGUUUGCAAUAUGCAUUUGGUUCGCAGUUUUUUUGUAGUGAAAUGGAAAAAUAAGUAAUGAACUCACCACCAAGGCAAUUCUGACCAUAGCUAUCAAAUUUUAUUCCAUGAUCACAAAAUAUUGUUUUUAUUGUACAAAGGAAAUACAGUAUAUUUGUUCUCUA